AGGCGACAGGCAGGUAACAGCAAGUGACUCUUCGAACAAAAGGCGUAGACUUAUUUUGUGAUUCAAUUGUUUGUGUUUUUGGGCAUACUAGGCAGGUGUAGCAUGCUUGGCUCCAGGUAUAACGGAAAUAUCAGAUGGCUGUUAUUCAUUGCCAGAAGUAGACACGUUUUCAAUAGCUUGUUCGUGCAACUGUGCGUUUUAGUGAAUUUUCGUUAGUGAACAAAUAUUGAGAGAAAAAUGGAUACAAAAAAUAAAGGUUCUCGAGAAGCUCAUCGAUCCGGAUCUUUUCGCAAGGAUCGAAGUAAAAAAAGAAUACCGCCCAAAAAUCAAUAUUCUGCCGAAAAACUUUCCGACGAGAAUAUUAGUUCCAGUACCAAAAAAUUGAAAACUGCUCGUGAAACAUCCGCACCAGAAGAUCCAAACAUCGGAUAUCGAAUUUUGAAUUUUGUAACUGUGUUUUCUGCUUUAUCAGAAUGUGUAAAAUGCAAAAAGUGUGAUAGUGAUGUUCGAUUCUCUAUAGAAAGCACUAGAGGACUCGGUUUUAAAAUUGUAGUUUCGUGUUCAUCGUGCAAGCCGACUUUUAUUUCUUCGUGCCCGUACAUCAACACAGCUUACGAAAUAAACACACGUUUUUUUUUGUUAUGCGUUUACUGGGUAUUGGUUUGCGUGGAGCUAUGAAAUUUUGUGGACUCAUGGAUUUACCACCUCCGCUUCGACAAACGACGUAUGAUAUGAUAAUAAAUAACAUUCAUUCGGCUGCUUCAAGUAUUGUUCAAUUGGUGUUAAAACAAGCUGUUAAAGAAGAACAACAGGAAAUAACAAAAGAAAAUUCGAGUACUGAUAACACAAAACUGACCGUUUCAGGAGAUGGUACGUGGCGAAAAUGUCGUUUUACCUCGUUAUAUGGAGUUGCGGUUCUCAUUGGUCAUUUUACAGGAAAAGUCGUUGAUUUUCUUGUAAAAUCUUCUUAUUGUGGUGAAUGUAACUAUUGGAAUAAACACAAAAAUACCGAGCAAUAUCAGGAAUGGAAAUCUAAUCACGCUGAAAAUUGUCAGGUCAAUCAUGAAGGAUCGUCAGGCAAAAUGGAAGUAGACGCCAUGAUAGAAUUAUUUUCAAGAUCUGUCGAAAAGCAUGGAGUUAUGUACACAAAUUACGUGGGGGAUGGCGACUCUAAGACGUACACGGGGAUAAUAAAUGCGAAACCGUAUGGUGAUGAGAAUGAAAUUGUUAAAAAAGAAUGCGUGGGGCACGUUCAAAAGCGAAUGGGAACCCGUCUUCGCGGAUGCAAAAAAAAAUAAUUCUGGAAUCGGCGGCAAAAACAAAUUGACAGCAAAGCUUAUAGAUAAACUGAGCAUUUACUAUUGUUUAGCUAUUUGCAAAAACUGUAACUCCAAGGAUGAUAUGAAAAAAGCAAUAUGGGCAACAUUCUACCAUUAUAGCUCAACAGACAGCAAGCCUCAGCAUCAUUUCUGUCCAGAAGGCCCCGAAUCGUGGUGCAAGUGGCAACAAGCGAAAGCUACAAAUAAACUGAAAAAUUUCCGUCACGAUUAUGCUGCAUUGCCAAAAGAGGUGUUAGAUGUCAUUAAACCAAUAUACGAAGACCUCAGCAAUGACAAAUUGUUAGAACGCUGUGUUGGCGGAUAUACCCAAAACUCCAAUGAGAGCUUCAACCAACUGAUUUGGAAGAUAGCUCCAAAAACGAUGAACAGCGGGGCCGAAAUCGUUAACAUUGCUGUAUUUCUGGCAACAUGCAUGUUCAACAAUGGUGUCACCUCAUUAUUGGAAAUUAUGAACGUGUUGGGAAUAUCAGUUGGUUCAGGAGCACACUUGUACGCUGCAGAAGAAGACGAAACUCGCAUUGUGAAAGCCGAGCUGCAAGCGCAAGAGCAGACAAAAGAAGGUCGAAUAUGGCGCCGACAACAAAAUUUAGAAGAAAUGAACAUUCCGUUGACCGAGGAAGACCUACACUAUGGGCCUGAUGAUUUUUGAAGAAACGCCAGUGGGUACCGUGUUUUUACAGUGCUUCAAGUAUCAUCCAAUAUCCUUGUAAAUUUUUGCUAAUAUAUUUUUAAUUAA